AUGGUAUUCAUCGAGUCCCAUGGAGAUGUUCCAUGCCUUACAGCAUAUGCUGCAAUCCCUCUUACUGAAGUCGAGCUGGGAAAGGUCAAGGCAGAAUUUGAACUCGGAGCCUGUUCCCAGUUCAACCCACUCCUCGAGCUAAAGAUUUUCCCCGCGCCAGAUGCUUACAUCGGAAAGUCUCAUCAGUAUAUGCGCGCUAAGGAAGAUGAAGCGGGCCGCAAUGACGCUUUUGUUGUCAUCGAUGAGGACUAUAUCGAGAGACACGCAAUAUGGUUCGUGGAUGCCUUCGCUGAUGCCGACAUGGUUGAGAAUAAAGAGGCGGAAAGCACUGAAGUGGUUAUCAAACUUCUUAUUCAAAUGGAUUGCCUGGCGUUAUCCUACAUAUGCUGGGAGAGCAACACGACCGUCCUCGAAGAUCUGGACCAUGCUGGAGUAGAGAAGCCCUUGAAAAAUGAUUUCUGGCAGCCCGAGGUCAGCAACUGCGGUGGAUUAGACAUGAAAGAGCAACAAUGGGAUCAGGUUGUGGAGGUGACCGCCGAACCAGGAGAGUUCACAGAGACUCGGGAUAAGACACUUCUUGACAACUUCUCUCCGGAGCCCAAAGUAUUAGGCAAGCUCAAAGACAAAGUUGCGAAGGCUGCCGGCCUUAUUGCAUCGUGGACUUUCAUCAAUGAGGCGAAACCGAUAGACAUGCCCGAUGGUUCGCAGAAAACUUUCCCAGUCGGGAGCGUUCUUCUGCAGCAGGCAUACAAUCCAGAAGCGCCAUGGCCAAAGUAUAAGUGGCCCAAGGGCUCGCUGUAA